GUCCACGGAUAACCAAAUUAGUAUACCACGUUCAAACUCUAAAGUACCGGUACCGUCGACGUCGUCAGAUAACUUUACAUCUUACAGAGCAGAGAUAGCUGUGUAGCUGUAAUACCUGUAUACAUCUUACUACUCAUCACAUAAAGCUCGUGGUUGGUGGAUAAAGAUAUGACUAACUUGUCCAUGUGUUGAGAUUACUGCAAAAUUGGUCCGGCAAAAGGAAGCCAUGUUGGCUACACCGAACUCUCUGGAGCAGGUUUUCUUGAAGUCAACAAAAGAUCAAAACAGCUUAUUUUGCACCACGUGCAUAAAAUCUAUCACAAUAGAUCGAAUCAUUACAUUGGAUCAAACUUUAAUCUAGUUACCGAAAUACAUAACUAUAAUACAAGAAACAGCCAUUUCAAUUUUUGCUUACCAGAAAGGCCGUAGUAGGCAGCGGUAGCUAGCUUACCAAGCAAGUUACUGAACCGACGGAGCAGCUCCCCCGCCGUGCCCGUGGCCUUCGGCUUCGCCUCGGCCUCGCUUCCCUGCAGCGGUGCCGGUGGUUUUCAGAAACCAUAAUUAAUACUUUUAGGCCUGCUAACAUUUUCGUGAAGGAAAAAGCAUCCGAAAUGGCUCUUGACACCAUCUACCUUGUAGCCCUGUGCAUCGCAGCGGUCUUCAUCCUUCUAUCCAUCCGCAUCCUUUACUUCAUCGCUCUGAUUCUUCUGGUGACGCUAGUCAUUUGUUUCUUUCUCUCGAUGGUCUCCGAUGGUGACCUCACUCUCAUGUUCUUUGAAGCGUUCGGAGACAAAGGAGAAAAUAUGAAUGGAAGAGUAGUUUGGAUCACCGGAGCAUCCAGUGGAAUCGGAGAAGAACUUGCAUAUCAGCUUGCUAGAAAGGGCGCCAAAGUGAUAUUGUCCGCCCGUCGUGUGAAUGAACUGGAGAGAGUACAUGGCAACUGUGUCCGAUUUCCAGGGGUGAGAGAGGAAGAUAUCUGGGUCUUACCGAUGGAUGCAACCAAGUAUGAUACUCAUCGUCAGCUGGCUGAAUCCAUUGUUGAUCGCUAUGGCAAGAUUGAUAUCCUGGUCAACAACAGUGGGCGGAGCCAACGGGCAUUGGUCCAGGACUGCAACAUCGAGGUGGACCAGGCCAUCCUGGACCUGAACCUCCUGGGUCCGAUCUCGCUGUGUAAAGUAGCCCUACCGUACAUGCUAGAGAACGGUCACGGACAGAUCAUCAACAUCAGUAGUGCCACCGGAAAAAUGCCUGCCCCCCUCUCCACCGCUUACGCUGCCUCCAAGCAUGGCAUGCAUGGUUUCUUUGAUACAGUAAGAUGUGAGUUAGCUGAUAAGAACAUUGGUGUAACUAUGGUCUGUCCCGGGCCUGUCAUCUCACACAUUGUAGAAAAUGCGUUGAGAGAAGACUUUACAAAGCCUGCUGUAAAGCCUUACGACGGGAAGGGAAUGCGCAGCUUCAGGGUUUUGAUGACGACCGAUCGAUGUGCUGCCCUCAUUCUGGUUGCCAUGGCAAACAAACUCAACGAGGUCUGGAUUGCGAGGCAACCUAUUCUCAUCUUUUUCUACGUCGCUCAGUAUAUGCCAGGUGUCCUAAAAUGGCUAAGCCCAUCCCUUGCUCGUGGGAGAGUUAAACACUACAAGCUUAGUCAGGAUGAAUGAUGCUACAAGGAGGAUUUAACUUAGGAGUGCUGGCAGUUAAUUCAAGAAGUCCAAUUCAAAUUGGUCAUUAUGUGUGUGUUUGUGGGGGGGGGGAAGGGGGUGAGGCAGUGUUGUAAUCAAGUACUAGUAAAGUAGACUCAACACGGAUCGAGUCUGAGUUAUUUGGGCCCGAAUUCACAAAGGUGGUUUUUAAAACCAUCAAUUGAACCCAUGGCUUAUGCAGAUUUCCUGUAUAAAUUAUCCUUUUUAACCACGUACAUUAAAAGAUGUCCAAUGCUGAUGCGCGCUUUUGUCCCAGUGCACCAAGUUGACGCCUGUUGCCGUGGUUAUCCCUCUAUGUUAUUCAUGACUCCACUGUUUUUAAUUAAUGAGUCCACUCUUCAAACAGUGAACUCAUGAAUAAAAUAGCGUACUUGACCAUGGCAACAGCCGUCAAUUUGGCGCACUGUGACAAAAGCGCCCAUCAGCAUUUGAAAUUUUUUUGAUAUACGCAGUAAAUAAGCGUAAUUUAUAGUUACAGAAAAUCUGCAUAAACCAUGGGUUCAACCCAUGGUUUUAUAAACCACCUUUGUGAAUUUGGGCCUUGGUGUUAGAGUCAAAGAGUUGAGUUGAAUGUGGGUCAAGUUUUGAGUAGAGUCAAAGAGCAGGUUUGAGUCAAGUUGAGUCAAAAGCGAGACACGAGUCGAGUCUAGUCAUUCUUCAAUUAAGCUUGAGUUGAGUGACAAAUUCGAAUCAAGUCAAGUUGAUUCUAGUCAUUAAAUCACUGGGGUGAAAAUGAUAGUGUAUGUAUGUGCUUGUAUACAAUGCUGUAUUGUAUUGAGCUAAUUCAAGUGCCAUUCCAUACAGUAUUCUAGUAUUUUUUUGUGGAAUUUGUAUUUUUAAUGAAGUAAUAAGUAAUAGAAUAUGCACAUCUCUUUUUAGUUUUUUAAUUCUUUUAAAAGAUAAGUGCAGGGUAAGUUCUCAAAUGAAUCACAAAAAUCUUGAAAUGUUCAUGUAUUCUUUUUUUUUUGUGUGUACAUAUGUAUAUUCCAUACUGUGAUAGGUGCCUUCAUAAUUUCAUGACAGGGAAAAAUGAGUAUGUAUUAAGAUGCAUUAUAAGGUGCAUCAAAGUUAUGCAAGAGAUUGAAGUACAUGUAUAGCGAUAGUAAUUCAUAUUGAUUUUUUUUUGUCCAACAGGAUGAUUUGAUAUGACUUUGUGUUGAUAUAGUUAGGAAUAAGGUGCUUUUUUGGGGGGUCCAAACUAAUGUUUGGUUUAUAUAGGACUAGUGUUUGGUUUGAGGUUUGAUGUUAAGUUUGACUUGAUGUGCACAUAUUCCUUAGAAACAAUUUUUGAUGAAGCAAAUGACAUGGGGUUGAUGACUAUGGCCUAUAUUCAAAGUCCAGGGUAAGUUAGGCCAUACUAGUACUCAAACUAUUUGCCAAAAUCAUCGCAAGCCGAAAAUAUCAAAUAUUUGUUUUAAUUGUAUUCCCUUAUAUUUACUUUGUUCUUUCCUAUGCUUUAAUGGUGAAGAAAACUGUUUUUGUUAUCAUCCCUUGAAAGUUAUAAAUGAAUUGAUUAUCAGAUGAGCUGAUAAAUUGAAUCUAUAUUGCUAAAAAUGUGUGUCACAAUUGUCUAUCCAUAGUUAAAACCACAAUUUAGAACAGAGUUUGAAUACAGGUCUUAUUGAACUUGACAGUAAAGAGUGAUUUUUUUAAAUUUUAAUCGUUAUGAUUACUUUAAUAGAUUGAUAUUUGAUGUGUGCUCUUUGAAAUUAAUACUAUGACAGUGACACUAUAAUAUAUUAUCUUUUAAGGAUCUGAAACUAUGUCUACGCACUGAUAGGUCACUUUUUAGACAAAUAGAUCACGUAUACCACAAAGUUUUGCUGACUAUUUUAUUUUGGGCCUUUGUAAAGAAGCAUGAACUUAGUUAUUAAAGUCAUGUAUAACUUAUUGUUAUGAACGCCAUCCUCGUCUAGUCUGCAGGCACAGACCCUGAUUGAAAAUUGAUCAACAAGUCUUCACACAAAGAAUAGCACAGACACUUAAACUCUAAGGAAGGGUUUGCACAGCAAAAUAUAACUCUCAUCUACUUUACAGGCGUUUCAUUCAAGGACUAAUCGCUCAUGUGUUAUGGUUUGUACACUCAAGACAUAUUUUUGGACGAUAUCAUCAUCUAAAGCUUAUUUUGAUUUUUAUUCAAGGUUUAAUUUUCACAGAUUAUUCACUAUGUAACCAUGACAAUCAGGCUUAUCAUAAUUACAUGUCAGAAUAAUGGAGCAGACCAAGAGUAUAGUACAGAUUUUUAUACCCCCGCCAAACGAAGUUUGAAGGGGUUGUAUAGGAAUCAGCGCUCGGGCGGUCGGUCCGUUGCAAAUCUUGUGCAUCGAACUACUUCAACUUUUUAACCAAUUCUCAUGAAACUCGGAACACAUAUUGGUGUUGGGGUGGAGAUGUGCAAGACACAUUUUUCGCCUGUAUCGGCAAUCAUGUUGCCAUGGUAACGGUAUAUUUUGGCAAAAAUAAGGUAAACAUAUUACAGUUCAAAAUACUUCCUCAGUUUUUAACCAAUUCUCAUGAAAUUUGGCACACAUUGGUAUUAAUGUAAAGAUGUGCAAGACAUAUUUUCUGUGUCUGUCAAAAAUCAUGUUGCCAUGGUAAUGAUAUAUAAUAUGGCAAAAAUGGGGUAAAAUUUUUUUCAGUUUUAAUUACUUCAUCAAUUUUCAACCAAUGCUCAUAAAAUUUGGCUUACAGAUUGGUUUCGAGGUAAAGACGUGCGAGACACAUAUUUCAAGUGUCAAAAAUCGUGUUGCCAUGGUAACAAUAUAUGCCAAAAAUUAGGCAAAAAACCUUGCGGUUUGAACUACUUCAUCAAUUUUCUACCAAUUAUGAUAUUGCUCACACAUAGGUCUUGGGGUAAAGAUGGGCAAGACUUAGUUUUUCAAUUUUUUGUGUGUAUUGGAAAUUGUUGUUAUGGUAAUGGCGUAAGGCGGGGGUAUUAAUCACCCUCAGUGAUAGUCCUAGUUAAAACUAAAAUUAGUGCUAAACAGUUUUGAAUACCUUCAUGCCACAGUGAUGCCAACUGAACUGAUUCGAAACUGAUGGAUGGUAUGUCAUUGGAAAUAACAUGAUAGUUUUAUUCGUUCAAGACAGCAAUUUAAUCACAGACACAUUGGUUGGUAUUCUGAUUAUUAAACCUCAGUUUAACCCUAGAAUUUUAAACCGCACGUCUAUGGAAUGCUGGCUUCGUAAUAUUUCUUCCAUAUUCAUGGUCAUUAUAUAUAAUGUACCAAAUAAUUCUUUCACAUCAUUUUAUUUUUGUAUUUUCCCUUUAGUUUUGCCAUUUCACAACUCAAUUGAUUUUUUGACAACUUUUUGCCGCAGGAUAAGAAUGAUUGUUAAUUGGUGAAUAAGUUGACAAGUGGCAUUCCAUAACAGAGUGGUUUAAUUUAAGUCAACCCAGGUUUAACUAAACCAUGGCUAUCAGAAUAUUUCCCAUUUGAGUAGAUUAGUAAUUUCUGUAAUGAACUCAGCUAUCCUGAAUUGAUCAGGAACAAUUAUUAUGUAUAAUGAUGGAAGCACCACUAAUAUCACAUAUUUUAAAAGCAUUUUAAAUGAUAUACAAAGCAUUUUGUAUUAUCUUUUCAAAUAUUCAAAACAUGUUCAAAUCAAUAUUUUUAUCGUGAUUGGGAAAUCAUGGUUGGUAAAUAACAUGUGGUUGUCAUUUUAUUGUUGUUGAAGUGCAGGAUAUUUAUUGAUUUGAAAUGAUGUGUAAUUCAUAAUGGCUUUCUAUGUAUAUGUAUCCAGUUUUAUUUGUAUAUCUAGGUAAUGUACCUUUUACCAUAAUAAGCCAUGAUCUAGCCGACAAUGAAAGUUGUUAAAGUGCCAAGCACAUGUUGAAAUACCUUGAAUUCUUUAUUUAAUUGUUGUGUGUAUUACAAGUUUCACUUAUCAGUUAUCAUUGUUUUUUUAUUUCCAAAUGAUUGGUUUUCCAAGUACCAAUAUUAAAAUGUGAUUGUGCUAAAUAAAGUAA